AUGAAUCUUGACACCAGCUCUGCCAAGUACUGCAUGGCUUCUCCAGAGAAGUCCAGAUUUAAGAAAACAGAUGAUCAGUCCAUGGAAGAGUAUAUUAUGGACUUUGAUAAGUGGUAUAAGAGACUGAAAAAGUUUAACCUUGAAAUCCCGGAGUCUAAAGUGCAGAUGAUUGGCACAGACACUGAAACUGAACUUUUCUUUGGUGCAGUAACAACAACUUCCAAAGAAGACGAAUGGAAGGGUGAUUUCAAAAUUGCCAACAUGAUGAUGAAUUUCAAACUUGACACAGCUCCAGAGGUGUUCCACAGAACAGCGAAGCAGCUAUUUGAAGGUUUAGAGGGCAUGGAAACCUGUAUCAAUGAUGUGCUGGAAGCAGGAAGAUUGCAGAAUGGAGGCUGUGGUCAGUGCUGCCUUCCUGAUUGCAGUGCUCAGAUUGAGGAGGAGAAGAAGGGCCCGCUGCCAUCUGGUGCCACAGAUAUUCAAAGGACACAGCACCUACAGGGUUGGCUACUGGGUGAUAAGGGGUAUCCGCUGAAGAAAUGGUUCAUGAUACCCAUGCAUCAUCCUCAAAGUGCCUCAGAGGAGAGAUACAACACAGCCCUCUCUGUGACAAGGCCCAUCAUUGAGCAAACCAUUGGCAUACUGAAGAUGCACAUCCAUUGUAUGGACUGUUCAGGUGGGGCUCUGCAGUACUAUCCAAAGAGAGUGUCCCACAUCAUCAUGGUCUGUUGUGCCCUGCAAAACCUGGUGCUUCAAAAGAGAGAUCACUUACCACAGGGAGACAUGGAGGAGGCAAAGAUUUCUUCGGAGGAGGAGGACUUGGAAGGGCAGGAACCUGAGGACGGCAAUCAUGGUCAACUCCCACGUGAGGAUGCCAUUGCAGCGGCAGGACAAACAAGAUGUUCCUGUGGCACACUGAUAACCACAAGGCUUCAGUAG